UACAAACGAAAGCAUCCGGAUCCGAGUUCAUGGUCGGGCAGUACUGUGUGGAUGGAUAUGCUGAAGCCACCGGCAAAGUUUUUGAAUUUCACGGUUGCUGGUACCAUGGAUGCCCAGAAUGCACUGCGUGUGAUACAAUCCGUCCAUUUAGAAAUUUGCCAAUGAGCAAGACCUACGAACAAACGCUUCAGCGCAACGACCACAUCCGGAGUUUGGGAUACGAACUGUGCGUCAUUUGGGAGCACGAGUUUGAUGAUUUAGUAAAGCAAGAGCCAGAUUUUUCGGCAUUUAUGAAAGAAAUCACCGUUUGCCAGCCUAUCAAUCCCCGGGAUGCGAUUUACGGCGGCCGCACCAAUGCCACCAAGCUUUUCCACAGCGUGAAAGACGAUGAAAAAAUCCGAUACUUCGACGUCUGUAGCGAAUAUCCAUAUGUCAACAAGCACAAGCACUAUCCAAUUGGGCAUCCAACCAUCAUCCUCAAAGAUCUCGGCCUGGUAACGGAUUACUUUGGCAUCAUUCAUUGCAAAAUUUUGCCACCUGCGGAUCUGUUUUUGCCUGUGUUGCCAUAUCGAUCAAAUGGAAAGCUUGUAUUUCCUAUUUGUCGGACCUGCGUCAGCACACAGCAGAACGCCCCCUGUAAGCAUUCUGCCAAUGAGAGAGCGUUGACGGGGACAUGGUGUACACCGGAGCUUCAUGCAGCAAUUGAUCGGGGCUAUUCGGUUGUGAAGAUUUUCGAAGUGUGGCAUUUUGAACAGUCUAAAGAACGAUUGUUUGCGGACUACGUUGACCGGUUCCUGAAGAUCAAAACUGAAGCGAGCGGAUGGCCGGCCUAUGUCGUCACAGACCAACAGAAGGACUAAUACCUGCGGGACUUUCACGGGCACGAAGGUAUCGAGCUGGACAGCGACAAGAUUGAAAAUAACCCGGGCAUGAGGGCGUUAGCCAAAUUAUGUUUAAACAGGUAUUCAUCUCUUGCUAUAAUCUGAAGCAACGUAUUACUUAGUGUGCACGGAAGUACUUGUAGCUUUUGGGGUCGUCUUGGUAUGCAAGGCAACAAGCGGAACACCAAGUACAUCACCAGUCCGGAAGAAUUUAACCGGAUGCUCCUUUCCGGAGAGUACCACAUUCACUCCUGGGACAUGUUCAGCGAUGACGUACUGCAGCUGUCCUACACCAAAGAGUUGCCGUUUGUGGAGCAAAACCCCCACACAAAUGUCGUACUGGCAGCGUUCACUACUGCUGGGCGCGACUGUAUUUGUACGGGUGUAUGAAGCAGGUGCAAAAUAGACUGCUGUACUUCGACACAGACUCCAUAAUUUUCGUGGAUAAACCUGGCUUCCCCACUCCACCCACAGGCAAGUUCCUUGGCGACGUCACCGACGAACUGCAGUCUGGUCAGUUCAUCAGUCAGUUCGUUAGCCUUGGCCCGAAGACCUACUCCUACAAGGCCAAUGAUGGAAAGAGCGUUGUGAAGGUGAAAGGCUUUACACUGAACGGUCACACCAGUGAAGUCAUCACCUUUGAAAAAA